GAUACUAACGUUUGAUGAUAAUUCACUGACGUUCGAAAUUACAGCUGUUCCUGGCCAAAUGCCGUAUAUUUUCCGGUUGCAAAGCCACAGACUAUCUGCUAUGUCCACCGAGGGGAAUCGAAUCCCUGAUAUUAUUGUUGUAAAUCCGUAGAUUUAUCGCUAUCCCUCCGGAGGAGUUCUAGGCUGAAAAGAAGAUAGAAGGAAGAGAAGGGAAACUCGAUCAUCUGCCAAGGUGACCUUGAUUUUUUCCUUAUCCAAUGUGAACACAGUCACUCUCAAUGGUUCUCACUUAUUCCAUAUAACCCGUUUUCUGAAGCAACUACAGCUCUGUCGAAGUUCUGAAGAACACGGAAUCAGAUGGGUCGAGAAGAUUAUGAGCGUCGUUUGACCAUUUUCUUCAGUGAAAAAUUAGAUGCUGAUAAAAAUGGCUAUAUCUCUUGGGCGGAUUAUGAAUUGUUGGCAUUGAGGACUACUUUUCAACAAAACAGUGGCAAAUACGACGAAGGGAUCCAUGAAAAGUAUCUAACACAUAGCCGGAAAAUGUGGGAAAGUUUGUGCUCUGACAUAGGAGGAGACACUGAAGGGCAGGUUCAAUUCACUGACCUUGUGAAUUUCAUGUUUGUUUUGACUAGCAAAACGCAGAAAUUCGAGGAAUUGCCUGACUUUCUGCAAAACUUGGCUACUGAAGUUUUUUACAUGGUAGACAAAAAUGGUGACAAUAUGUGGGACAAAGAAGAAUACCGCUUUGGUUCUGUUCUGUGGUGUUACGUCACAAGUUUGAAAGGGAUUGAUGACGCCUUCAACUCAAUGCUGAAUGAAGAAGAUAAACAACGGGGAGGCCUAUCAAUUGAUCGCUUUAAGAAAUUGGUCACAGAAUUCUUUACUUCUUUGGAAGCUGAUACUCCAUGCCGAAAUAUCUUUGGACCCCUGGACCCCAGUCGAGCGGACAAAAUGUUAACUCGAGAUGUAUCCAAGUAAAAGCUGCACAUUAUGGUAUCGUGCCAGCUUUGGAAUACUCAAACGUAUAUUAUCUAUUGGUUUUCGUAGAUAUCUUUUAGGAUAUUAGACUGAGAUGAUUAAAAGGUUUUUCGUUCUACUCAAGGAGCUACAUAAGAAACAUGAACGUGCUUAAAUUUAUUCCCUGUAGCUUUAUUUACAAGUAGUGUUGUAUUACUCUUUCACAUUUUGUUUUGAAAAACAAUAUUUUAUAUUUUAGUUCUGAGCUAAGAUGAAAAAUAUAAUGGCAAUAGUCUAAGUAAAUGUUUCGUAACGUCGUGUGAAAAGCAAGGAAGGUUUCGUAUGAAUAGGAAAUAUUUUCUCACAUUACACACAAACAAGAGAUUGCUAUAAAUUGUAAUAUGAUUCUUUCUUUAAAUAGGAAAUUAUACGAAUAAUGUAUCAUAAUUUCGGUUUAAAGGUAUAAAAUACAUUAUUUCGAAUAAUAUGUGUGUUCUUAUUUUACAACUGUUGUAUGCUUAAGUUUAAAUAGGACACGCUUUUUCUCUUAUAACGUUUAUCACCAUGAAACAAACAUCUUUCGGUUCUACAUAUGUUUUAGCUAAAGUUCUCAUUUGUUUCUUAAAUUGCGUGAGUUAAUAAAGCCAUGCCAUUCCAACCUAUAA